AUAAACAAACUUAAUAAACCAAUGAGCUUGAAAAAAUAUAAAAGGAAGGGCACCUCUGCUGCAUUUCAUCUUCACUUGGAGUCGUUUAAAGAGAUAAACAUGAAGAUUGCUGUACUAUUAUUGACUACGUUGGUAGCUGUCAACUGUGACCUUGAUGUCAGGAAAUACUUGAAACAGUUCAGUUACUACAAUCCAAAUUCCUUUGAUCAAUCAAGCGUCAGUGAUGCCCUGAAAAGCUUUCAAAAAACAUUCGGUCUCAUCCCAACAGGUGUAGCUGAUGAAGCCACCACAAAAUUUAUGAAAACACCCCGUUGUGGAAGACCAGAUUUUAAGAGCAAUGCAUUUGCUGAUUCCAAAUGGCAGAAAACGGAUUUAACCUACUACUUCCACAACUACUCACCUGAUAUGAGUCAAUAUGACCAGGAAAAUUUAAUGGCAAAGGCUUUCAAAUUUUGGUCAGACGUAACACCUUUGAGGUUCACCAAGACUUAUGGAUCUGGCGACAUUGUCAUCUCAUUUGGUCAAAAUUCUCAUUACGAUGGCCGAAGGACGUGUGGUUAUCCUUUUGAUGGUGCAUCAGGAGUUUUAGCUCACGCUUUCUUUCCUCCAGAUGGUCGCCUUCAUUUUGAUGACGCUGAGCAUUAUACAAAGGAAAGUACCAGUGGUACAAACUUUCUAUGGGUUGCUACCCACGAAUUGGGACACAUUCUUGGAUUGGAACACGACACGACUUAUAAUGAUGCUGUCAUGUACCCAUAUUACCGUGCGUACACACCUGGUAUGAGCCUCCACAAUAAUGACAUCUACAGGAUUCAACGACAAUAUGGAAGCACUGGCACCGGCACUGGCACUGGUGGUGGUUCGACUUGCGUUGAUGAGAAUGUUGACUGCAGAGAUUGGCAAAGCAAUUGCAAUGGCGUUUCUGAUGACUGGACACAAUACAUGGCUACUUACUGCAAGAAAACAUGUAAUUUGUGCUAAAAAGAUAGUGCCUUCAUAAACUA